AAUGGAUGACUCAAAUCAGCCAAUUACAACUGUUACACAUCUAAUUUUUGGUGGUAAAUCACGAUAUUCAAGGCAUGUCUAAUGUGCGCAAGCGCUGCACCUUCAGAGAUUAACACUAGAUUGACUAGACGCUUUUUUGUUUUCUGUUAAAGAGUCUUAAAUCUGAACCAUUUUUGAAAUARUUUCAAUGGGAUUUGAUGGAGCAUGCACCAUAUAAAAAUCGAUUGAAGAUUGUUUUGAAAAAUCAMCGAAUCCCAAAACCUGACGAUUUUUGAGCAGAUAUGAUGUGUAGAAAGGUUCGUCAAGGGUCCAAAUGAUACUGUAACCUGUACCGUUGUUCAAGUCAAGACUUUAAACUGGGGAACACACAGCAAGGAAAAAAGAAGUCGCAAGACUUGAAUUACGAGAAGUUUGAUAACAUGGCAGAGGCUAAUCAAGAAUGGAAUUUGAAUCAAGUAGUAACGUCUCCAACUAAAACCACAACAGCAACCAACAAUGAAUGGAAUGUAAGUCAGCCGUCAGCUCCACCAGCAAGCGCCACACAGCCAGCUAAACAACAAACAGAAGCUGCAGAAUGGAAUAUAAAACAACCUCCUAAGACACAGCAGGGUAAUACACUGCCACAGCGGAAUUCCACUGAACAAAAGUCUCAACCUGAACAAUGGAGUAGUGUCCAACAGUGGCCUGUCGACCAGCCGUCUGCCGUUGCACCUGUAGUUGAGGCUGUUCCGCCACAACAAACAAAACUGACACCAGCUACUGACCAGGUGAAUAAUUCUCCACCUUUUGAAACAAUUACCACUUCUCCUCAAAAAACAGAAGUGCCUACACCUGACAAUCAGCAAGUUAUUGUCGAUAAGAGCGUGGCUGAAACAGAGAACUCAAAGGCUACAGUAAAUGCACCAGCCCCUCAUGAGCAAGCGGCUCCCACUGUACAAGCAGAACCGCAUGCGGUACUUCCUGGUAAAGUAGAUCAACCAACAGCUCAGCCAAUUACUCCACAAGCAAAACCAACAACUUCAUCUGCGCCUGCAACUCCUCCUGCUUCAGAAAAAGAGGUUCCACAAUCAAUCGUAGAAGAAACAAGGAACCCAGUUGUAUCUCCUACUUUUGAGGUGCAGUCUAUGCCGUCCAAGGAAGAUCCAUCCACCGUUUCGCAGAAAACGGCGGUCAAGUCAGUAGCACAAGUGUCAGUUGAGUCUCAAGUCUCAAGUCAUGGAGCACCUAAAAUAACAACUCAACAACCUCAGCAGCAGCAACAACAACAACAGCAGCAACAACAACAACAGCAACAACAGCAACAACAACAACAACAGCAACAACAACAACAACAACAACAGCAGCAGCAACAACAAUAACAACAGCAACAACAACAACAACAACAGCAACAACAACAACAACAACAACAGCAGCAGCAACAACAACACCUUACGCAGGUAGCCGAGUCUGCUCCGGUGGUUAUGUUACCAGCCACUAAACCAAAACCAAAGCAAACAAGCGUUCAAUCUGUGCAGCAGUCACAUCCUCAGCAAACAAGCGUUCAACCUGAGGUCAAACCAAAAACAUCUGCGCCUAGUCCAGACACGUAUGAAUUAAAAAGAGAAGGUGGAGAUGACAUUCCUUUAGACGAAAAACAAAAAGGCGUAUUUUGGCUCGGUCCAGAUCUAGAGGGAUGGGUGGACAAGACUAAAGCACUCAAGGAAGAGUUUCGGCGUCAAAGUGAUGCAAAUGAGAUGUACUUUGUCAAAAACCUUCAAGAAAAAGACUUGAAAUCCUUGAAUGUUUCCGAAGAUCCUUCGAAAUACUUAUUCCAUGUUACAGAUCUCAAGGGAGUGGAGGUUGUAAAUCUGAUAAAGUGCAUUUUAAACGAACACCACCACUCUGAAACAGGACCGUUUUUCUUCCAGUUUGGCGAAGACAAGAAGUUUAAGCUAGAGCUCCUACCCACGGCCACACAGCCUGGUAACGGGUUAAUUAAGUCGGUUGGUCGGCGAAAAUAUUAUUCUUACCCCGACAUUUGCGACAUGUUGAAAACCGCUGGUGUAACAUCCAAAGGGCUUGGAAUUAUGCUCCAGAAGCUUAACACAAGUGGUCUUAAGUCAGCCCUUCACAACCAAAUCAGCCCGAUGAAUGAAUUACAUUUCAUGUUACUCUUUGAAGUAGCGAGAAGACUCGUCCGAGGUCCCCACGGGUUUUCUCUGUCCACGGAGCCUGAGAUCGAUCAGUUACCAAUCGGUGUUGCAGUGGGACGGAUGAUAGCAUUAUUUUGUAGGGGAAAUUACUGUCUUAAUUACGAAGCUGUGUUCGGUGCGCAAGACAAGUACAAUCCGUUUUCUGACAAUAGUGUAGUCCUUCGUAGACAGAAAAUUUACGCUUUAAACAAGUUGUUUUACGACGCUGAAGUGAGGCCUCAGUCUGCGGAGAAUCCGUACAUCGCGAAAUUUUUGAAGUAUCAUAACGGAUACAUCAUAAAAACAACAAAAGGAUACUUAGACGAGCUUGACAUGGCCUUCAGAGGAUUUUGGAAACCCAUGGCGAUAACACCUGGAGAUAUUUGCCUAAAAGAAAAAAAACGAAAAAAAGAAAAACACCGACUGAAAAAGAACUAUGGCAUGAAAAAACGACUUCAAUUCAACAUUGAAGAUCCCUCAAACGGCAACGAAAUGUCGCCUUCAGAUAGCCGACGAGAAACGUUUGCAAGAAGGGAAACACAGAGCUUCAAAAAUACAUCGAAAGACGUCAAAGACAGAGUGAUUAUAAACUGUGGCGGAAAAAAGUUUAAACCCUAUUUGAGCACAUUGAAAAACAUCCCUGACUUGCCACUUGGCAGAAUUGUAGAUAACAAAGGAAAGCUGGACUAUGAUCCAGAAAACGGCGAGUAUUUUUUCGAUCGACAUCCAGCAGUAUUUGCCCAAGUAUUGAAUUAUUUUCAAACUGGGAAGCUUCAUUGCCCGAGAAAUCUUUGCGGGCCUCUCUUCGAGCAAGAACUUGCGUAUUGGGGAAUCGACGAACAGCAAAUGGAGUCGUGUUGCUGGAGUAAUUACACAAAGCAUAGGGACGCCCAAGAGAACCUAAAAGCGCUUGAUUUUAGGCCAAGAUAUGACGAAGAUGAAGGCUUGCGAAAAAUACGCUUGAAUCCAAAUUUGUCAUUUUGGAAGCGACAUCAGCCGAUCGUGUGGGAGAUCCUUGAUGAGCCGUAUUCCUCGUCCACUGCAAAGGUGUUUGCCUGGUUUUCGCUGAUUUUCAUCAUUAUUUCCAUAUUAAUCGUGUGUUUGUGGACUAUGGACAUCUUAAACACCAUUCACCAAGGUCCCAGUCCCUUACUGAAGAACCACUCCAACAUUACGAAUGCUACAAAGAUCAAACACGGUCCUCAACACUACCCAAGAGACGCACGAAUGAUAAUAGACUCCCUUCUCACGGGCUGGUUUACACUGGAGUUCAUCCUACGACUUAUUUUCUGUCCAAGUAAACUCCAUUUUGCGAUGACUCUCCAGAACUGGGUAGACUUGUUUGUCUUAGUCCCCCUGUAUUUGAUGCUCUUCCUGGAGCGCUCCACGACUAUUGAUGUGUUGAAUACCUUGAGAGUGUUUAGAAUAUUCCGCUGCUUCAAGCUUAUGUACGACCUGCAAAUCCUUACAAAGACAGUGAAAGCAAGUCGCCAUCAUUUGAUGAUGCUGCUGUUUAUACUCAUUAUACCUGUCAUUGUCUUCUCAAGCCUGGUUCUCUACUCGGAAAAGGCCUGGGGAAAUAAUUCUAACGAUACAAAACGAGAAAAGUUCGAAAACGUCCCUAAUUCUGUUUGGUGGGGCAUAAUCACGAUGACCACGGUUGGGUACGGUGAUAUGGUCCCUGCAUCUGUCGUGGGUAAAAUCAUUGGAGGCAUUGCAUCCAUAUGUGGUGUCAUUAUCUUAUCGACCUCGGCAAGUGUUGUUGGAAGCACAUUUUCCCUGUAUUACAACCUAGCUCAAGCUCAAAUGAAAAUUCCUAAAAAGCGAAGGAAAAUUGAUGUGGAAUUUCAAAGUCUGCCAGCAGUCCUUGCAUGUCGGUCGAGCCAAGCGGACUCAACAGUGACAUCGUCAGAUAGUGGGUACCAAAGAUCUCCCAACCGGCUUCAAAUAUGCGACAGGAACAGUUUUGCUUUUGAAGGGAGCAGUAGUGGAGGUGUCAGCGGUAAAGUACCGUGUGUCUGUACAUGCGCAAAGCCCGAAAAAGAGAAAGAGACAACAGCCUCGAUUUCAAUCCCUAUGACCCAGACCUCUCCCAGACCAGCUUUGACGAGAAAGGCUAGUAUCAGAAGAGAAAGCAUUCUUGUGUGA